UAGAAAGGAUAACUAGGUAUAAUUUUAUUGGCAUUGCUCCACAGAUGUUAGAUCUUACAUCUGCUAAGUGUUCACUUUAUAGACAUUCCUUUCCUCAAACUGUGCAGUCACAAUCUAUGUAUAUGGCUAUAUUGGCCUAUGUCGCGUCUCAUCGCAAGAACCAACAAAAAGUUUUGCUUUCCUGACAAUUAGGUACUUAAAUAUCUGUUUAUAUGCGUUUGUCUUUAUUGUUCAUGACUGCUACUGCUACCCCCUUAGGGACUGAAAGGUAUGGCGGGUGACAAAGCCUAUAGAUACCCACAAAAAGUGCCUACAUGCCUAAAAUAAAACAAAUUACGUCUCGAAACAAUCUCAGUGCUUCCGGCAGGGCUCCCUUAAUUAGCGGCCAUUCGCUUGAUAUUGAGUGGACUAGGAUAUUUUUAGCAAUAGAUGUUUACUCUCUUGACGCAUAUAAAUAUAGCAGACAAUAGGUAUUACUGAAUGUAAACUUUAUAUCGUAUCAUAUGGAAACGUUCCGAAAGUUCGAGCGGCCCAAUUCUCGAAUGGAACGAAGUUUAUUUUAGACGCUAAUCUUGUUCAGUGGGCAUUUCAGCAAACAGUUUCAGUCGCUUCAAUCUGUAUCUGAUCAAUCCAAGGAGCACUUGUGUACCAAUAAAAUGGGUGACGACGUGUGUCAUUAUGAAGUACAACAAAACGAUAAAUAUGGAAGGUAUCUGGUGGCUAAUAAAGAUUUAGUGAGCGGCGAAUUAAUAUUUACUGACACUCCAUUCGCCUUUGGACCGAAACCAGACACUCCACCAUUAUGCCUGGGUUGUUACUGUCCCGUGGAGAACACCCUAUGCUCUGCUUGUGGUUGGCCGGUCUGCAGCGAGGAGUGUGGGAAGUCUGCCACACACGCUGGUGAAUGUGAAGUCUUCUCCGCAGCCAAAGUGAAGUUCCAAACGGUCGAAGAUUGGACUGUGAGCGCACCGCAGCUGGAUUGCAUUACGCCGUUAAGAAUACUUUUGGCGAAAGAAAAAGACCCAGAUCGAUGGCAACGCGAGUUGGAAGUGAUGGAGACUCACACGAAGGAACGGAAGGAGAGGCCCACCUGGAGUGCUGACCAGGUCAACAUCGCAGACUUCCUUGUGGACUACUGUAAACUUGGCGAUAGAUUUGAUAAGGAGCUGGUGCAAAAAGUCUGCGGUAUUCUUGAGGUUAAUUCUGUGGAAAUCCCAUCCCGCGGUGGCUUUAGCAUAAGAGCUCUAUAUCCACAGUUAGCAAUCACGGCGCACAACUGUGUUCCCAACAUCGUUCACACAAUACUACAAAAUGAUUACCAGGUGCAAGUUCGAGCUGCAGUUCCCAUAAAACAGGGAGAAACUCUUCACUUAUGCUACACGCACUCUCUGUCCCCUACGAUUGUUCGUCGUGACUUCCUACUGGAGUCCAAGUUCUUCGAGUGUGACUGUGCACGAUGCGCCGACCCUACGGAACUCGGGACACAUCUCAGCACUCUCAAGUGCAGUAAAUGUGAUAAUGGCGUUAUUCUGACUACUAACCCUUUAGACAAUGAGGCUCCAUGGACGUGUACGGACAAAAACUGUGGAUUCAAGACGUCGGGUGCCGCAAUGCGUAAGAUGUUGGCGGUGGUGCAAUCUGAGAUCGACCAGCUCGAUAUGAUGGAGCCCGGCCCUGCCGCUAUUGAGCAGAGGGAGGCUACAAUCAAUAAGUAUAAAUCAGUAUUCCAUCCUCGGCAUUCGCUACUCUUGUCCUUAAAGCACACACUAGCUCAGCUGUACGGCCGAGUGGAAGGGUACGGCAUCGAUGAGCUGCCGGAUCUCAUGCUGGAGAGGAAAGCAGAGUUCUGCAGACUUGUUCUCAGCACUCUGGAUGUUAUCAUGCCGGGAGAGACCCGAAUGAGAGGUAUGAUGUUAUACGAGUUACAUGCACCUCUGAUGUUCUUAGCAAGAAACGAGUUUAGCGCUGGCCUUAUCACUCAAGAAAAGUUGAAAGAAAAAUUACAAGAACCCAUUGAAUGCCUAGCUGAGGCUGCAAGGAUUCUUACGAGGGAAGAUCCACAAAGCCCUGAGGGAAUAACUGGGCAAAUCGCACAACAGUCUAUGGAACAACUUAAAGCUAGUCUUGAGUGCUUAUAAACUAGUAAUAAAUUACCAUGUUAUUACUAAUACUGCAUUCAAUUAGUAUGAAAUAAUUGUUUGAAAUAAUCAUAUUUUUUCACUUGUUUGAUAAUAAUUCCACACUUCUAUCUUGGUGUGGAUGAAUUCAAAUCCACAUUUGACCUAAGUUUCAUUAACAACUAUUUGUGUACACUGAUAUGUUAUAUGUAUCUGUUAUGUUAGGUGUAGAUCACAGUGUAGGCGUAAUUGUUCUAAUACUUCUUGCAAAAGCUAUGAAAAGACAAUUUAACAAUGAUCUCCUCAAAAUUCGUAUUAACAAAUUUAUUUCUAUGAAUAAAAUUAUGUAGACUAUAUUA